AUGUUUUCCCAAUGGACUUGCUUAUGGAAGCCCUCCAACCCACCCACCAAGGAGAGCCGACGUGCCUGGAAGAAGAUAGUCGAGGAGCUCACCCCAGAUGAAUACCGUGCGAGAGACACCGUCAGAUUGGCUCGAUUCCAGGUCACAGGCAAGAAAUAUGCCAAUGCCACAAUUACUGCCAUCAAUCGUGUUCAGCGCUUCUGGGAUAGACACUGUUCAUUUAUGGGGGUUGAUGCCCACUCUCACCUUUCCGCAUGUAGUAUGAUUUGGGUUGAAUGGAAAUUCCUUCAACUGCUCUUUAAAAGGGAGACAGGUCAAAAGGUGGAUGAAUUGGUGGGCGAACUAAUCAGUGAGUUCAUCCUGGGUCCUCUGACUGAUGAGUACGAUUUGGACCUGUCAAUCAAUUACAAACCAGUAAAUUCAUUGCUCAUGUUGUUUAUCGCCUACACCUCAACGCGGCCCAGAGCACUCAUCGAGAGUGGUUGUCUCCAUGGUUCCAAUGAUGCCCUCUGCUAUAAGGAUAUUGUGCUGCGUGUGAUUCCUAAUCCAGAUCAACCAGACUGGCAUGUACUUGUGAUGGAAGUAUAUCUGAUGUUCAUGAAGGGGAAACAGAACAAGUCACAACUCCUGCAUCUGAAAUGGAAACCCCACAUGCUCAAUAUCCCCGUGUUCCGUCGAGCCGUACAUGCCGCAGAGGGGAUUCAGAUCUCUCCAGACAAAGCUCUGCCCUACGACACAUUCAACCAGUAUCUCCAACGCCUGGGACGCAAUGCAGGAUUCGAGCACAAGUUGACACCAUAUUGUAUCAGGCGAGGAACCGCCAACGUGGUUGACACUGUUGCAACCACCAGUGAGUGUAACCAAGUCAUGGGCCAUUCCCGAGCGGAUAUCUUUGAACACUACUAUAUAUCAGUAAAAGUUAAGCAGGAUGUGCACCUCACACACGAUCCUCAUGCUCCGAAGGAACUUAGCAAUGAGCAGAAGGAGGCAAUCAAGUGGGAUCCUCAGCUCAUCAAGCUGUGUGACUGGCAGCGUUCCUUGCACAAACUUAUUGAGAGAAAGCACAGUUCAGUCCUGAAAUCCAAAGACACAGCGCUGCAUCGCGAGUACACAGAGCUUGGGGAUACCAUCAGGGCCAAGAAACAGAACCUCCACCGCGAGGUGUUUGAGGAAGUGAGACAGGAGUUCUUCACAACAAUCGACACCAUCAAGAUCAAGAGGCAACUUCUAGGAUUGCCUGUUAGCGAGGGGUUCAAGGUGGACGAUGAGGACAAAAUCCAAUUUGUAUUCAAGGAGAUCGGGUUUCACUCUGCAGCUUACGCGAGGAGCCGCACAAGCGGAGAGUCUCAUCUGCCCACUCUGUGGUUGAUAUUGCGUUCGACAGUAUCAUUGACGCUGACACCUUUCCCAUCUUAUGUCCAGGUACUCAGUGUCUCUUCUGUCUCGGAGAUAGCCAGCUGCCACACUCCGCGCGGAUGUACUCCUUUUCACAACCUGACCACCUUUGAAGACAUGUCCAAGAUUGCCACCUCCGCUACCUUGACUCCGAUGCUCUGCUCUGGUGUCCUCACCCGUCGUGCCCGGAUGUGCUGGAUGGCGUUCAAGAUUUUCAGGGGCACGCGCUCAUGGUCCACAGCGUUUACGCGUGACUGA